AUGGGACGAGCCCUGGACGCCGGGCGAAGGGAGGUCGGCGCGGACGGGCCCCUGCGCAGCGCCGGGCCGCUGGUUCCAGCUCUGCCUCCUCUCCCCACCCAUCUCCUAGGAAGGACCCCACAGAAGGAAGGAGAAGGCAGUGGAUGCUGGUCCUCUACCAUUGGAAGCUCAGACUGGGAGGCAAGACUUGAAACCAAAGAGUCAACUCCAGAGCCCAUUGAUACUGAAGAUUUAUCCUAUUGGGUAAUAAUGGAAAAGGAAAGUCUCUGGCAUUCUUCUUUAAGGGAAACCUGGGAAUCUGAUAAUUGGUUAGAGGGCCAACAGAAAAACCAGGAUAUACAUCUGGGUCAAGUGGCAGUUACCCAUAAGGAAACCCUCAUUGAGAGGAGAGUAUGUAGAGGUAAUGAAUUUGAAAGAUGUUCCAAUCAGGGUUCAGUCAUUGAUAUACAACAAAGUACUCCUAUGGGAAAAAGGCCCUAUUAUCAGAAUUCACAUGGGAAAGAUAAACAAAGUUCUGAAUUAAUUAAGAUUCAAAGAAUGUUUGUAGGGAAGAAAAUCUAUGAAUGUAAUGAAUGCAGGAAAGCCUUCAGCCAGAGCUCAUCCCUUCUUAAACACCAGAGGAUUCAUACUGGGGAGAAGCCCUAUAAGUGCAAUGUAUGUGGGAAGCACUUCACUGAACGCUCCUCUCUUACUGUACAUCAAAGAAUUCAUACUGGAGAGAAACCUUACAAAUGUAAUGAAUGUGGCAAAACCUUCAGUCAAAGCAUGAACCUUACUGUUCAUCAAAGAACUCAUACUGGAGAAAAACCCUAUCAAUGUAAAGAGUGUGGAAAAGCUUUCCGAAAGAAUUCAUCCCUUAUUCAACAUGAAAGGAUUCAUACUGGUGAGAAACCCUACAAAUGUAAUGAAUGUGGGAAAGCAUUUACUCAAAGUAUGAAUCUCACAGUGCAUCAAAGAACUCAUACAGGAGAAAAGCCUUAUGAAUGUAAUGAAUGUGGGAAGUCUUUCAGUCAAAGUAUGCACCUUAUUGUACACCAGAGAAGUCAUACUGGAGAGAAACCCUAUGAGUGUAGUGAAUGUGGAAAAGCCUUCAGUAAGAGCUCAACUCUUACCCUGCAUCAACGAAAUCACACUGGAGAAAAACCCUACAAAUGUAACAAAUGUGGGAAAUCCUUUAGCCAAAGUACAUACCUUAUAGAACAUCAGAGACUUCAUUCUGGAGUAAAACCUUUUGAAUGUAAUCAGUGUGGAAAAGCUUUCAGUAAGAAUUCAUCUCUUACUCAACAUAGGAGGAUUCACACUGGAGAGAAGCCUUACGAGUGUAUCGUAUGUGGGAAGCAUUUUACUGGACGAUCAUCCCUUACUGUACAUCGGGUUAUUCACACUGGAGAGAAACCUUAUGAAUGCAAUGAAUGUGGAAAGGCCUUCAGCCAAAGUGCAUAUCUUAUUGAGCAUCAAAGAAUUCAUACUGGUGAGAAACCCUAUGAAUGUGAUCAGUGUGGUAAAGCCUUCAUUAAGAAUUCAUCCCUUGUAGUGCAUCAGAGAACUCAUACAGGAGAGAAACCCUAUCGGUGUAGUGAAUGUGGGAAAGCCUUCAGUCGGAGUACAAACCUUACUCGGCAUCAGAGAACUCAUACAUGA